UUGCUGACAGAUAUUCUGAAACUGUGAAUAUAAUUGCAAAUGAGCCUUCUGUAGCACUGUACCGCAUCCAAGAGCACAUCAGGAGAACCCUGCCAAGGUUGAUUGAUCAAAAGCAUGAAGUUGAAGACAUGAAGGUCAGAGUUCAAGGAGCUUGUUUUGAUGCUGAGUACGCCAGCAAAACAGUCAAGGCCAUGAGCUCCAGCUCUGCACAUUUUCAGAACAUUCAGGAACUACUCAAAAAUGCUGUGUUUGUCAAACAGCAAAUCAACUAUAAAGACAACAAAAGGAAGCAGGCGAGGAUAGCUGCUGGCAUCAGUGACCCUGAUGCAGUGACCGGUGCAGGAAAGGAGAGUUCCACUGAGAGUACUCUUGAAGAUAGUGGUCAGCGGAUGGACAGCAGCAUGGAUGCCAGUGGUUGCCUACAAAAUGAGCCAGUCAAGUUGCCAGCUAGGUCAGUGGGCGACUCUUUUGAGGACAGAGAAGGAGAAUUCAUCAUCUCCAGACCGUGA